GCCUUGACUUCCAUAAACACCACUGGCUGAAGUCGAAAGCUAAAGCAGAUUGAAAAGAUCAUGGAGAAACGUUUAGGAUGCUAUGGUGCGUCAAUGGAAAACAGAGGCCGUUUGUUUGAAUGUUGGGCGCUGUGUGGAGUUUAGGUCAUCGUUUACUCACAUUUCAUUGAUCACUGCUGUGUGUGGGGGACUUAAGCAGGUAUUCAGACCAACAUUAUCUACUACCAACCUCAGGUCAUUAACUGUGUAACUACAUUUCUAACACCGCGGUGCUCGUGUAGAUAUGUCCCGGUGUGAACGGUGCUCUUCAGAACAUGGCCUGUUGGUUCCUGCCGGUGUGAUUUCCACCGCAGCUCUUCCGCAUUUUCCUGCCGCUCUCGGGCUGUGACGUGUUGUGCUGACGGCGGCCUCGGACCUGGAGGAGCGGGGGGCUGUAGCAUGACAAGAUCUGGCUCCAGACGUCUCUGCUUCGCUUUCAUCGGAGCUCCAGAAACAACCCCUAACCCCUCCUUCUCUGCUCCUCUCCGGCCCGCCCAAAUAACACAAAAUUCCCGACUGAAUCCAGCCCGAGUCUGGGGGAACCAGGCGGCCUGGGAAGCCGAGACGCAGACAGAGGCCAUCCCUGCAGCGCAAAUCUGCUGUCCAAUGACAAAUGCAGUGCGAGGACAAUGGAUGAGGAUGUCACCAGGCUUGCAAUACAUUCUGAAGAGCCGAAAAUAAUAUUACACGGAUCGGAUGAGGGUGGUGCCGGCGGGCAGGAGUUUGUUGUGGAGCUUCAAGAGACUGUGUUGGUGUCAGAAGGUGACGGGGAAGGCAUGGCAGUUCACAGGUUUGCACCCGAGGAGCUAGUCAUCCAGGAUGCCGUUGAAGAUGUGGUUUCUGAGUAUGUGCACUGCGAUGAAGAUGAUGUUGCUGUAGAGACAUGCGUGAUGGCUCUGGAUGGUGAGGAGGAAGGUGUUGCAAUGGGAGAUAUCCCUGAAGAUGGGCUGGACCCCGAGCAACAGGACGAUGACCAAGAUGGCUGUGGAGAUUAUCUAAUGAUAUCCUUGGAUGAAGCUGGUAAAAUGGUGUCUGAGGAUGGAACAGAAGUAACAGUGGAGGGAGCAGUGGAGGACCAGGAAGUGGAGAAGGAUGAGGAUGGACAAGAGGUGAUAAAGGUGUACAUCUUCAAGGCUGACUCUGGGGAAGAUGACAUGGGAGAAUCAGUCGACAUCAGUGAUGGAGACACUGAGAGUGUGCCGCUAACAGGGUCUUCAGGCCACACCCUCCGUGAGAAGAUGGUUUACAUGUCUGUCGGGGAUUCUCAUCACAAUCAUGGGAACCAUGGUGGGUCCAGGGUGACUGAUGAGGUAUAUAUGGAAGUGGUGGUAGAAGGUGAAGAGCCAGUAACUCACGACCGCUCGUUUGACAGCGUGUCUCUAAGCAAGGACUUCAUGCCUGUGGCCUGGGCAGCUGCUUAUGGUGCAGAGGAUAGUGAAAGUUGUGAAACCCGCAACGGUGCAGCCAGUGCACUGUUGCACAUCGAUGAAUCGGAGGGUGUCGAAGAAAUCAGUAGACAACGCAACAAGAGCAGGAGACGUUCAGAGCCUCGACAAGUCCAGACGGCAAUCAUCAUUGGUCCAUAUGGUCAGCCUUUGACCGUCUACCCCUGCAUGCUUUGUGGUAAAAAGUUCAAGUCACGAGGUUUCCUGAAACGCCACACAAAGAAUCAUCACCAGGAUGUUCUGACCCGGAAAAAGUACCAGUGCACAGACUGCGAAUUCACCACGAACAAGAAAGCCAGCCUUCACAAUCACAUGGAGGUGCAUGCUCUGAGCAGCAAGGCUGCUUUUGAGUGUGAAAUGUGCGGCAAAGAGUUCCACCAGCAGGCGGCACUGUUCUCCCACAGACUGCAGCACCACCACCGAGAGCCCAAGAGCCAGCCACCUCCAACACCCACUAAGAUGCAUAAAUGCAAGUUCUGUGACUAUGAAACUGCUGAGCAGGGCCUACUCAAUCGGCACUUGUUGGCUGUUCACAGUAAGAGUUUCCCCCACAUCUGUGUGGAAUGUGGAAAAGGCUUUCGACACCCUUCGGAGUUGAAGAAACACAUGCGCACGCAUACGGGCGAGAAGCCGUACUCCUGCCUGUACUGCGAUUACAAGUCGGCCGAUUCGUCUAAUCUCAAGACACACAUCAAGACUAAGCAUAGCAAAGAGAUGCCGUACAAAUGUGAGCGCUGUUUCCAGACCUUUGCAGAAGAGGAGGAAUUAAUGCAGCAUGGACUAACGCAUGAAGAGAAUAAGACCCACCAUUGUGCCCACUGUGAUCACAAAAGUUCCAACUCCAGUGACCUGAAGCGCCAUAUCAUAUCUGUUCACACCAAGGACUAUCCACAUAAAUGUGCGGUUUGCGGUAAAGGCUUCCACCGACCUUCUGAACUGAAGAAGCACUCUGUAGCGCACCGCACCAAGAAACUCCACCAGUGCCGGCACUGCAACUUUAAAAUUGCAGACCCUUUUGUUCUCAGUCGCCAUAUCUUGUCGGUCCACACAAAGGAGCCACAGUCCUCUCCUGAAAAGAGUGAGGGUAAGAGGACAGAGGCACACAGUCCUCCUGUGGCACCUAAAAAGUCCACACCUAGCAGUUCCAGUGGCUCUGGCACAAGUGCUAGAGUUAGUGCAGCUAGCCUAGCCAGCAGUGUGACUGUAGUUAUUGGCAAAGGUCAAAAGGAAAGAAGAAUUUACCAGUGCCAGUACUGUGACUACAGCACUGGAGAUGCCUCGGGUUUCAAGCGACAUGUCAUUUCCAUCCACACAAAAGACUAUCCACACCGCUGUGAGAUCUGCUCAAAGGGUUUCCGAAGACCAUCGGAGAAGAACCAGCAUAUAAUGCGCCACCACAAGGAUGUAGUGCAGGCAGAGUGACUCUAAACCGAGCCAAAUACUGUGCCACAACAAAGAACUAUGUUGAAGCAACAUCACAUCCCAAUCAGUGCACCCUCAGCACAACACUCACACUGAAAUCAUGUAGUGUGUGUGUGUGUUUGUGCUGCUUUUAGUCCGCUCCGUUGUUUUGCUCCAUUUUGAUCCUCAGCCUAAUAUUGGUUCAGACUUGUAUAACUAUGUACAUAACAUUAAUGCUGACAGUGGUAAAAACAGACCCCCCCCCCCCCUCCCUCCCUGUAGACUUGCACUUUUAACUGCAUGUCCCUUGCUGGUGACAGUGUGCAUGGCAGAUUGUGCAGAUGUCCAUUUGUAGAUACACAUUUUGAUUUUCGCAGGCAGCAGUCAGUGCUCAGUCACAAUGAUCCUAAUUAUUUGUCUCAAAACAGAAGUGUAGUUUGCAAAAUGUUUGCGUCUUUUUGUUAAAAUGUACUGAACACAGCAGUAAGGAUUAGCAACCUGUCCCCAGUAGCACUUGCCAUCUCGGUAAAGACCAAUUAUAAAUGCAGUAAUCAACUCAUGUAUGUGUGUGCGUGUGAGUGUGUGAGAGAGUAUGUGAGAGACUGACAAAACAGCAUUUGUUGUGCUUCCUGGUGCUCCGACCUCACCAAUCUGUAAGACAAUGUUUUGUUUUUGUUGUGAAUACAAAAACACAAGGCCAGCAGUGUAAAGCACCCAGAAAAAAAAAAAAAGAAAUGGCCAUUUUUAGUUUUAUCAACGGGGGUCUGCGAUCACUGAACCGACUCAAAAUACAGACUCAAGUAGUAAAUGCAUCGUACAUCCACUUAUGCACCUGUAAUGCGAUAUGAUCACUACGCAAUCACUGGACUGUCACAUUCUUGUUUGAUAUUUCAGUUUCAAGCCAGGAGUUGUACCGCAAGUUAUUCCAAACAAGCGCCCAAAGCAGCAGAGAUGACGUAACGACUGUAAUGUUGAAAAACGAAUGAUGGAAAAUGUUAAUUUUCAACAUUACUGGUGACGAGCUAUUUGUUUGGCGGAGUUUUUCCUAUGAACAAACUUGUUUUGGAUAAAAUCAAGCAGCGGUAUGUUCCCAAUAUUGGACUGAGUUGAGUUCACAUCAGUGUUGCUGGCCUUACCAGGAAUCACGCAGUAUAUCUGGUGCCCGUGUUAUUAACAACUAUAAUCUGAACUGUUUAUUUCGCCAAUCCAGAUGAACGUUUGUCAGUAGAAAAAAAGAAAACCAUAUAUCUUUUAGGUGCAACUUCAGAAGACAGGUGCUGUUGGUCCACUUGUACUAUGGCUUUUUACAUUUUUGUUAUCACCUGUGAUCAUUUCUGUUUUUAUAUUUAUUUCAUUUACAAGUUGUUGUAUAGUUAAGUGUAACUAGACUUCUAUGGGACGUAAAUUAUUGUUUUGUAUACAAAUCUGUACAAAACGUGUAGAUGUAAACACUUGAUAAAACUGAACUCUGAACUGUGUUGUUAUGGAUGUACUUCAACGUAUUUGUUAAAAAAAGGUAAUAAAAGUAAAGUAUUUUA